AUGUUCCGCCAAAUUAUAUUACUCGCAGUUGUGUGCAGCGCUUUUGGACAAGGUGAAGUCUUACAAACUUGGAUUUUCAAAACACGUAGAAUUUCGCUACUUUUCUUUAUCUCAUGUGAGAUUAAAUUUGCAUCAUUUAUGAUGAUCAGCAUCCAAUGCUAAUCACUGGGUUUACAAUUACAGAGUUCAAUAGUACUUUGGAGUUUAAAGAGAACAGCGAUUAUGUCUACACGAAACAGCUGCAUGGAUAUGUGGAGGUGCGUUUUGACAAAUAGGAAGUUCAAUGAUUUACUUUUGUCCAUAAAAUAACACAGAAGUCUUGUUUAUAGCAUAUGAUCGUGGACGGCGUGAAAAUUUCCAAUCCGAGCAACGGAUCUCAUUGUGUCGCGCCAAAUGACUGCUGGGAAAUCGUUAAACGUAAGAAAUGGAGCUCAUUUUUUGAUCCUCUACACUUUUCUCUAAACAAAACGAACUCAGAUCAUUUUCACGAUUUUUGUCAAAUGUUAGCUUAAGUUAAUUAAUGAUCUAACCGGAUUUAAAAUAUCUUUUGUGAGGCGAUUUGGCAGUAAAUUGAAGUGGGGAAAACACAGCUCUAUGUGAUAAUCAUACAUGAGGAUAAGAAUAUAAGUCACUCACUUCUUCUUUCUCGUGAAUUUCGUAAUGAUCAAUCGAUAUUUUCCUCUCAAGCUGAAAAAUUGCUGGUCGCAUACGGUUUUCUCAAAGGAUCCAACGCAACAUUUACGGUGCAACCGGCGAACAUCCCUGACCGAUAUCCGGUUGGCAUUCAGUAUAAAAAGGCUGGCACUCCAGAAUGUAAGUGAAAGCAUCAUGCCCUUCAAACUAUUCUAGCAAUGCAGCAUUUUAUAAAUUAGGGCCGCAGCCUACAGCUAGCAGUUUACAUUUACUUGGAGCUGCUAAGCAGUUAGACACAUUUAACUAACAGAGAAUGUUUUAUUUUCGAUUUGUGUAUACUGAAUUCGUCUACAUUCAAAAAUUAACCACGCUUAUGGUCCACCUUACCAGUUGAAUACGUGCCAACAUGUCCGUUUUAGACGACGCACUGAACUAUCCAGCGAGAUCUGUCUUGGCAAAAGAAAUUCUUGAAAAUGAAACUCUCGUUCAUAUUCUAGUAUCCAGUUCGGAUAUCGGGGUAAAUAAUUACGUCAAAUAUGCCCGAUUGAAAUAUUACUUUUGCCAAAUUCGGCAUAAGGAUUGCGAUGAAGUGAUACGAUUUGCUGUCAUAUCAUUCAAAUAUGGCCACUGCUUGUGAACAGUGCGUCAUGAGUCAGAUCUCAGUCGAUAAAUUACUAACAUUAUUUACACUCUACGGCAAAUAAAAGAUUUUUAUUCCAUGCGAAUAAUUUUCCUUUCCCAAAUUGUGUUCUAUAGGUAUAAAAUUUGCCAUAACAUAUCGCUUUUCCAACAUUUUAGCAUGUAAACGCCACUGGAAGUAUUGCAACUACUUAUAGAGAUUAUAGUGCCAUUUCUAUAUUUGGAAAGACCGGUACGUACCCACUCUGUAUUGUAAAGCAGUAAAUAAAUAGCAUAACAUUCAAGCGUUUCCAACAGCAUGUUUUAGACGAUAUACAUGCUCAUACAACCGGUUUAACGUCUGCUUUUGUUUUUUAGGUGUGUUGAAAUUCGAUACUGUUCUUUUCACCGGCCACCUCGGAACCAAACCGCGAACAAUGGAGAUAAAGUUCGGUAACGGCAGGGUUGACCGUAUUACGAUAACACCCUCCAAUAAACCUGGGGCGUCAGCGCCAAUACUGACAUUCCUCGAUUUCGAGAAUUCCUUCAAGAAGUAUUAG